UCUUAUUAAAAUCAAUAUAAUUUCUAUGCAACGAUAUGCACUUAAAAUGAUAAACUAUAUAUGUAGGGUAAAUAUUGUGCAGUACAACAGGAAUGUUUGAAGUGUGAACUAGAAGAAUGGAGAUAUCAGCAGGAAAUACCGAGCCACGCUACCCCGAGGCACUGCCCAGUGCGAGUGUAAUGGUGGACGGCUACCUUUGGGGUGGUGGAUGUCUUACAAACAACGCAAAAGGUCAUGCCAAUCCUUUCCAAAAUCCCUGUCAAAUGUCCUUCCCAAGUGAGAGAAGACACCACGAUGCUUCUUCAGAGGAUUUCAAUGAUCGCAUAACAUAUGCACGAAAAGAGCAAAAAGCAACAUCACACCUCAAGGAAUACAACACUCAAUACAAUGGCCUUACCAUCAUUCCUUGGGAAGACUUUGCCUUGAGCCCAACACAAAUUAAUGAUUUAUUUCAUUUAGAGAAAACUGGCUUCAUAACAUAUGAUCCCGAGGAAGUGAAUGUUUUUUUUCACGCAACUAGAAUGAACAAACCCCAACUUGGUGAGAUAAGCGAGAACGGAGGUGCAUGGAUAUUGACCGUAGAAAAUGCACAUCAGCUGGAAACCAUUAGAUUGUGUCUAACGGAAAGAAUAUCGGUAUUUGGUUUGACGAUGAUUAGAAAUGGAACAAGAUUAAAGAAUAAGCAAAGAGCGCCUUGUUUGUUAAUGGUUGAUCCAACUGAUGGAACUAUAGGCGAGCAAAUCAAUGCACAAAUCAUGAGAUGUUCCAAAAUUAUGGAAGCACAAGGCAAAUUUUGCUUGGAGAUAUCGUUUAAUGGCUCGGUUGAACGAUGGUGUAGAAAAAUCACUGAAGAAAAGUGCAAAUCUAUUGGAGCAAGACUCUUAAUUACGAACGGAGAUGAGCCAGAAACAUUUGGAACUCUGGAAAAUAUCCUGUGCUGUGUCGCUUGCUUUCCUAUUUGGGCUAUACAAACGGCCAUUAUUAAGAUGCACCGCAAAAUUGCAUAUGAAGAUAUUUUGAUGGAAUUCAGCGCAGAGGAAGUGCUACUACAUGGGUCUGUCGGGGGUGUGCAGAACCAGAGACGUCAUCUGUUUAGAGAAAUGCCAUAUUCAACCGUUUUUUACACCAAAAGUAACCAAAAUCAUACAGAGGAUCUUGGUUAUAAAUAUGUUUGUUUAAAAAAGUAUGAUAAGAACACUUCUUUUAGUUUCACCGAGAAGACGCAUGAAAAAGAACAGUAUGAAACAACGAGCAUUUAUCGUUGUUUCGAGGAUAAACGCACAUCACUUUCACACACAACGGUUUCAAAUUCAAAAUCUGAUGAGAUGAUUUUGAUUGACAAUAAUAGGGCAAAUGAAUAUUCAACAACACCUUCGAAUAUCGCAGGUCAAAAUCACAAAAAUGACACUAAGGAUGAUUUGGCUGUUCAACGAUACGAGCCUCUAACGCAGCAACCGACACUUAUAAAAGAAAAAGCGAAAAUUAACGAACACCCAUGCAAUGAAGACGUCACUGAGAUUGAAUCGAUAGCAAAACUGAACACGGUACAACAGAAAAUGUCUGCUGAUGAAAUAUCUCAAUCUGAAUUUGAUAUGUCACCUGCUUCAAGUUUCUACCAAGAUCAAAAUACAAAAACAAACGAACAAAUUGAAAUUCCUAUCAGAAAAAAUCUCUGUAAUGACGAUCUCGAAAUGAAGACUGAUGAUGAAAAUCCCAUCUAUUUUGAAAAUUCCAAAAUGAAAUGUUCUCCCAUGUCAGGAGAUGGAACAGAUGUUUCAUCUACAGCUGAGCAAAGAAACAACGAAGCUGAUAUGACGAUUUCAGAUCUGGAAUCAGAUAGUUUAUCCGAUUAUGAAACCGAAACAUCAAUAUCGACCACAAGUGCUAGCUCAAAACAACCUUUUAGACACAACAUGCGUCUGAGAAAAGUGACGAGAUAUGACUCAAAAAGAAAAUAUUUAAGUCCUCACAGACCAAAACUAAAUAUCAAAUAAUUUCAUUUAAAAAGUUAUUCAGGAUUUGUUUUAAAAAAUAAAUGAAGGGUAUACAUUGUAGGUUUACAGUUGUAUUACUUUGUUAGACGCGAACAUUUCUACGCUUAUUACAUUUUUAAAAGUAAAUUUAAACUUGGACUAGUAAUUGCAUUUCUCUGCAGGACAAUCAAUGGUUUCAUCACCUCGCGCAUAUAUUGCAUUAUAUGUUCACAAAACAAAAUUAAAACAGUCGAAUCGACCUCUGGCGAUGAUCAUCUGAAUCUCACUUCGAGCUGGUAUUUUUAUAGUUGUUAAGAAUUACAUCCUGAAUAAAACUAAAGUACAUGUAUUAUAUUAUGUACAUUGUCGAAACCUUUGUUAUUUAUAAAAAUUGGUUUAAAUUCCACAUAUUUAAUAAAGGUUAUAAUUGGUA